GUCCGCGCUGACGUCACGCGCUGCCUUCUGCUGCUUGUGUGCGCGACACCGAGAAAAGAAGAAGAAAAAAAAAGUCACCGAAGAAACUACAGCGCGACUUUUCACCAGCUGCUCCCCUUCUGCGAGGCCAAACACCCCGAGGAUGGGCAACUGUCAACCCACCAUCGUGCCCUACGAGGACUUUGACGUCGUAGCCGACAUCAAGGCCAUCCGCAAGGCCUGCAAAGGCUUCGGAACCGAUGAGCAGGCCAUCAUCGACAUUCUGGCCAAUCGGAGCGCGGCUCAGCGGCAGGAAAUUAAAAACGCCUAUUUUGAAAAGUACGACGAUGAGUUGGUGGACGUGUUGAAGAAAGAGUUGUCGGGGAACUUUGAGAACGCCAUCCUCGCCAUGCUGGACCCGCCCGUCGUCUUCGCGGUGAAGGAGCUGAGGAAGGCCAUGAAGGGGGCGGGCACCGACGAAGACGUCCUGGUGGAGAUCCUCUGCACCGCCACCAACGACCACAUCGCCAUGUUCAAGGAAUGCUACUUUCAAGUGCACGAGCGCGACCUGGAAGCGGACAUCGAGGGAGACACGAGCGGCGACGUGAGAAACCUGCUCAUGGCUCUGUUGCAGGGCAACCGAGAUGAGAGCUACGAGGUGGACGAGGAGCUGGCAGAGCAAGACGCUACGUGCCUCUUUGAGGCCGGCGAGGGGAGUAUGGGAACAGACGAGUCCACUUUCACCUUCAUCCUGGCCUCCAGAAAUUACCUGCAGCUGCAGGCCACCUUCAAGAUAUACGAGCAGCUCUCUGGAAGCGAGAUCCUGGACACCAUCGAGAACGAGACCUCCGGGACACUGAAGAAAUGCUACACCGCUCUCGUGAGAGUCGCCAAGAACCCUCAGCUGUACUUCGCCCGGCGGCUCAACGACGCCAUGAAGGGAGCUGGGACCGACGAGGACACCCUCAUCCGCAUCAUCGUGUGCCGCUCCGAGUACGACUUGGAGACCAUCAAGGACAUGUACCUGGAGAAAUACGACGUGUCUCUGAAGGAGGCCCUGAAGGACGAGUGCGGCGGCGACUUCAAACGCCUCCUCCUGGCGAUCUGCCACUAAAGGUGUCGGUCGCAGACGGGGGCGCCGCUGUUGGAUCCCACCUCGGGUCUCUGCGUGGGACGCGGUGUGGCGAGCCGGAGGAUGCAAGUAACAGAAACAUCAACCUGGCGUUGCCGUGGAUUCAGGCGGGCGCUCUUUUUAAACUUUCCCACAGAUAUUAAUUAAUUACAACGUAAAUUCGCAUUGAACUGGAAUGUCUGUCAAUUACUGCCCAUUUCUUAGUCCACUCGAGCUCCAGUUCUAAACAUUUACCAGCAUUCAAGUGUAAGUCUGAGUUACUGUUAACAAGCACCAAGACUUUUACAUUUCCAGGAGCCCACUGAGUGGUGUCUGAUCAGGUGGUGCGAGCCUCGAUGGCGUAGUGACACUGUAGACAUGUUUGUACACCGUAGACAAAAAGUAAUCGCUCUCAUUUAAGUAUUAACCUGUUUUAGGUCAAUUAAUCCUUUAUCAGCAUCCAAGGUAUUUUCUAUAUCUUUCACCCUCCGUGCCCCAAACUCUGUGACUGUUAAAUUUCGACUACUGUUACAACUAAUGCAAUCAGUCCAUGUGGCUUGAAGUUUGUGCUUUAAAAUGAAGAAAUAGGAACGUUUGAAUCGAAGGAAUCUCGGUCGGCGUCAAGAAGGUUAUGAAAUGUUCGUAAGUGGAUGUUUAUGAUUCUGAUUCGCAGAAGAGAGGAGGAGGAAAAACUUGACAAAUCCAAACACACCUCAUGUGGUUAUAAAUGUUUUUCUUUUGUUCUUUACGACUAACACAGAGUUUUUAAUAUAUAUUAGUUAUAUUAUGUACCGUUUAGGCCAGUGGGUAUAUAUAUAUAUAUAUAUAUAUAUAAACCUGUAAGCAGUCAGGAUGAAGUAGUUUGAGUGUCUCCGUAAGGCAGCUGAGGGCGUUGGUUGGAGUCGUUUUAUUUGUCUCUCUAUAGCCAAAGAAUGUUAAUCUAACUGCAAAUAAAGUUCCCUAUAACAUCA